CAUUUGGAGGGUAAAGCGAGGUGGGAUCUGUUAGUUAUCUCGAGGUAGCAAGGCGGUGUUUGAGCAUCUGCCUCUGAAAAAAUGUAGGCCAUUAGCCUUCAAUUUUGCCAACAGCAUCGCUGCAUAUCUUAAUGAUCGUACCAUAAUAUCUCAGACAUGUUUUAAAUCAAGAGUCGUAUUAAAGCUGGUGGCAGAUUGUGUACAUCAGCAGUGAUACAGCAUAUUUACAGUGGACAGCAGCAUCCACACUGGAGCAGCAGGACAAAAUGGCUGAUAAGAGUGACCUAAAAGCCGAACUCGAGCGCAAGAAACAGCGCCUUGCUCAAAUCAGAGAGGAAAAAAAGAGAAAGGAGGAAGAAAAAAAGAAGAAAGAGUCAGAGACUCAACAGAAAGCGGAGGCUGUUCCUGAGGACUCAGACUUGGACCGCAAGCGCAGGGAGACGGAGGCCCUCCUCCAGAGCAUUGGAAUCUCACCCGAACCUCCAUUAGUGCCGAACCCAAUGUCUCCAUCAAAGUCUAUGAGCACCCCCAGCGAGACGGGCAGCCAGGACUCUGUGGAUGGAGCGGCAGCUGGCAGGACCUUGCAGUGGGACACUGACCCCUCUGUUCUUCAACUGCAGGCUGACUCUGAGCUCGGACGCCGAACGCACAGAUUGGGACCUUCUAAGAUAACUCAGGUGGAUUUCCUGCCCAGAGAGCUGGUUUCCUACUGUAAAGAGACUCAGACACCGCUAGCAGCUCAUCAAUCUGAAGAAGAUGAAGAGGAGGAUGAAGAGGUCACAGAACCGAAAGCUGGUGCAGAAACUGACCUGCAGGAAGAGGAAGAAAGCAAGGAAACAAAAGAAGGCCACCCGCGGGAGCUGACGGAGGAAGAGAAACAGCAGGUUCUGCACUCGGAGGAGUUCCUCAUCUUCUUUGACCGCAGUAUUCGUGUGAUGGAGAGAGCUUUAGCUGAGGACUCCAACGUCUUCUUCGACUACAGCGGACGAGACUUGGAGGAUAAAGAGGGAGAUCUGCAGGGCGGCUCCAGUCUCUCUCUCAAUCGUCUGUUCUAUGAUGAGCACUGGUCAAAGCAUCGGGUCAUCACCUGUCUGGACUGGUCCCCUCAGUACCCUGAGCUCUUGGUGGCCUCCUACAACAACAAUGAAGACGCUCCUCAUGAGCCAGACGGUGUGGCUUUGGUGUGGAAUAUGAAAUUCAAGAAGACCACACCAGAGUACAUCUACCACUGCCAGUCUCCAGUGGUGUCGGUGGGUUUUGCCCGGUUUCAUCCUAACCUGUUGGUGGGCGGCACAUAUUCGGGGCAGAUUGUUCUCUGGGACAACAGAAGUCACAGAAGAACACCGGUUCAGAGGACUCCCCUGUCCGCCGCAGCGCAUACACACCCAGUGUACUGCGUCAAUGUGGUCGGCACCCAGAACGCCAACAACCUGAUCACUGUGUCCACAGAUGGACGUAUGUGUUCCUGGAGCCUGGAUAUGCUGUCGCAGCCUCAGGAGAGCAUGGAGCUUGUUUAUAACAAGUCUAAGCCAGUGGCUGUGACUGGGAUGGCCUUUCCCACUGGAGACGUCAAUAAUUAUAUAGUUGGCAGUGAGGAGGGGACAGUGUAUACAGCGUCCAGACACGGCAGUAAAGCUGGUAUAUGUGAGAUGUUUGAGGGCCAUCAGGGGCCAGUGACAGGCAUCAGUUGUCACAGUGCUGUGGGCCCUGCUGAUUUCUCACACCUCUUUGUCACCUCUUCUUUCGACUGGACUGUCAAAUUGUGGAGCACAAAGCAAAACAAGCCGCUGUACUCGUUUGAGGAUAAUGCAGACUAUGUCUACGAUGUGAUGUGGUCACCCGUGCACCCCUCGCUCUUCGCCGCCGUGGACGGCAUGGGUCGUCUGGAUCUGUGGAACUUGAACAACGACACUGAGGUUCCCAGUGCCAGCGUGACCAUCGAGGGCUCCCCCGCUCUGAACCGCGUGCGCUGGGCCGCAGGGGGCAAAGAGGUCGCAGUGGGAGACUCCGAGGGCCGCGUGUGGAUAUACGACGUUGGAGAGCUGGCCGUGCCCCACAGUGAGGACUGGACCCACUUCGGACACACACUGAUGGAGAUCCGUGCCAACCGUGGGGAUGGUGAGGAGGAGGGGCCUGGGGAACUGACCACGUAAACACGGGAUCAGCGCCAUCACAAACCCAGACUGAGCCUGAUGUAACACACAAUUAGCAUGUCCACUAGUACUGUGCUGUUUACUGUUUCUCCGAAGGGACCGUUUACCCAAAUAAUGAAAAAUGUUGCAUUGUUUACUAGGGUUGGGUAACAAUACUGCAUACCCUACCUCGCAGCUCAUUGCUCA